UACACGCGACCCUAACAAACCUUCGUAGCUAGCUAGCUAAAUGACGAUGUUAAUCAUGAAUGGCUGUUUUAUCAGAACUAACGUAGGAUUGUGAGGGUGACAAUGAUUUCAGUGAGCUAUAUUCUGAUGUGCGGACAGUUCCUGCUGCUGCUGACGGUGAUUUUGUUGCAAUGUCUGGAAGGAAUUCACUCCCAAAACUCAUCGACGUCGGAGACUCCUACAACUAACGUUAACGCUCCGGGAGCUACUUCAGUCCCGUUCAGCGAGCAGCUGCCAGAAAUCGUGAAAUAUGAAAUACCAGUGGAAAGUACGACGAAUAAUACGGAGUACUAUGAGUACAGACCCCCGUCACCAGUCGUCCUCUGCAGCUAUCUACCUGAGGAGUUUAUCUACUGUCAAGAUCCUGUAGAUCAUGCAGGUAACCACAGUGCCUUAUUGGAGUUGGGCCAUGGCUGUGUCGGGUGGGGUGGCCAGACUGAAAAAGAGGUGAACCACACUCAGGUUAUCUGCACAGCACUUGAUGGUAUCGAGUGUGCCGGACGCAGAGAGUUCCUCAGAGGACACGUACCCUGUAUCAAAUACACCGGACACUAUUUCAUCACCACGCUGCUGUACUCCUUUUUCCUGGGUUGUUUUGGUGUUGAUCGUUUCUGCCUGGGUCACACUGGCACUGCUGUGGGGAAGCUGCUCACCCUGGGAGGCCUGGGAAUCUGGUGGUUUGUGGACUUGAUCCUGCUCAUCACUGGCGGCCUGAUGCCCAGCGAUUACAGCAACUGGUGCACCUACUACUGAGAGACACAGCAGAGUGUGACCGAGGACUUUGGCCACUUCUCUGCCAGACUUAAUCCGUGAAAUAUUGAGAACUCCAAUGAUGAGGCAUCAGCCAGCCAUAGUUAUGAAACUGUGGGCUGGCUCUGAGGGGAUUUACAGCUCUGCUGUGCAAAGAAGAGUUCAGGGACCUCCUGAGGACUCCUACAGGGUUCCCAGGGCUCCCGAGGAAUAAUUCAAUUUAAUUCUAAUUUAAUCCACUUAAAAUUCCCCACAGAAUGCAUAAGAAUGACUGUGGUAUUCACAGCUUUCACCAGACCGUCAGUGAUGGCAGCACUACUUCUGAGUAUUAAAUGUCAACUAAGGUCAUUCUCAUAUUGUAGAUAAGUUCGUUUUGUCCAAUACCAAGGAUAUAUUGUUACCUUUGAGUUCUGAUCUGCUUCCCGAUGACACUGACUGAUACAGAGUAGGACACAAGUACAACACGCCUGGAUUUUGGGUGAUUUAUUUGGGAAAAUCACUGCAUUCAUAUGGUGGCUUGCACGUAUUGUGUUUCCAUGGUUACCAAAUGAUUUGCAUUAAUAUUUAUACAGUCCAUUGCUUAUACAAUUGCCUCCAUAACAGCUGAAGAGCAGUGGAGGGAUUAACAGUAGUUUGUGCUAAAGUAACACCAUUGUGAAAUCAGGUGUUUGUUUGGCUUUCACACCACAAACAAACUGAAUCGUAUCAGGCUGAGGCCACCGAAAAAGAAGGUUGUCUGUCCAGUUCAAAAAUUCAAAGGCGAGUCGAAGUUGAUUCAUUAAUGGUGUUGAAGCAAAACAAACCAACCAACCACAGGAUCUUGUGAUAAUAAAUGAGUUAGGGUCAAGGUCCAGACACGCCAAACCAAAAUCAAAGACAUAGCCAUGACGAAAUCCCGUGCUGCUUCGCCUCACGUCGCCAUCUCUCGGCCAAAAAGUUGCAAAUGAACACACCGAGCCAACAGCCAACCAGUGCGUAUGUUUUGCACCAAUGUGAAAUUAAACAUCCCUCCAUACCAGCUGAUGGCGGUCAUCUGUAUUCAUUAUUCAAAAAGGGAAACCAAAAGAGCGUCUUUAUGCUAGUUAGCCAGUUAGCACGUUAACAACACAACCCAUUGGUGAAAGACCAAAGCAUAUUUACCAACAACCCAUCAGGAAACAUUCUUGCUAAAGAGCUCGAUGGCUAAAGAAAAACAAUCUUUCCUCAUAUAACAAGUUUUUUUUUCAACCUCUCUCCCUUUUGACCUUAGUCGUUUGUUACUCUCCUCAAAUCCGUGUCUCUUCUCGUGUGCUGAGCUGAACGGCCAAUCAGAGCAAUUUCAUUCACCAACAGGGUCCAUAACUGAAAAAAAGCUGGCGAGGGCCAGUGGUGCGAAACACAGCAGAGACAAGGGCCAUGGAUGCUCACCAACACCCCAACUUUGACCCGCAGCCGACCGUAGGUUUGGUGUGUCAGGGCCUUUAGGCUGACCCCUAACUCUUACUUAAGAUUAUUUAUUAAAAAAUAUUUGUGUGUAAAUAUUUUGUAAAAGCACUAACAGUUAACGAUAUCAUCACAAUAUUGAUAUUGAGGUAUUUGGUUUAAAAUAUUGUGAUAUGUGUUUUUCUCCAUAUUGCCCAGCCUUAUGUACAGAACGCCCCUUUUUCUCCCUUUGUACAUGUUUGUUAAUGCUGUAUGUUAUAUAAGGUUCAGUUUCAGUCUAUACUAGAAAUAGCUGUUAUCAGUUUUUUCUUUAUGAGCUCUUCAUGACACUGGAGAACUUAAUUAAACACAUAAGACUCAGCGUA